AUGAAGCCGCGGCUGUCGGAGCAUCUCCACGCACAGAAGCGUAUCCGCUCCAACGCUGAAGACCAAUGUCACCCCGAUGACGGUCCCCAAGCGCUGGAGUUGGAGCAUGUCGAGCAAACUCCCUUCUACACUCCGCUCUACUCACGAAAGUAUGUGUGGACUUGUGUGCUGUCCGCCUCGAUAGGCGGUAUUCUCUUCGGAUACGACACUGGUGUUAUUUCGAGUGCCUUGGUGCUGUUUCAUUCAGACCUGGGUCACCCUCUCGACAACUCUGAGAAACAACUCUUGACAAGUCUAACUGGGGGAGGUGCAUUUGUGGGUGCGUUGUUGGCGGCUUUGGUCACCGAUGCGGUCGGCCGGAAGAUGGUGAUUGGAAUCGGAUGUAUCUGGUUCACUGUUGGCUCGGUAGUUGCCGCGUCGGCAUAUUCAGUUCUUCUGAUGGGAAUUGCCCGGUUUAUCAUUGGAGUUGGGAUCGGCUUUGAGACAAUGGUCACACCUAUCUACAUCGCAGAGCUGUCACCGUCUUCACUGCGAGGUCGCAUGAUUACUGUCUACUCUAUGGCAGUCACUGGCGGACAAGCUUUGGCAUACGCAGGUGGCACGGCAUUCUCCCAUGUCGAACUAGGAUGGCGAUACCUUUUUGCGCUCGGAGCACUCCCAGCGCUUGCACAAGUCGCGCUUUUCCCAGUAUACCCAGAGACACCUCGGCACCUCAUAUAUCGCGGUCGAAUUGAGGACUCUGUGGUAGUUUUGCAGCAACUAUAUCCUCGAAGUCCGCCGUCAGAUAUUCAGAGACUAGGACAUAUCAUCCGUGAGGAUGUUAAUUGCUCUGUCUCCUUUGAUCAAGGGGUCCGUCGACUGAUGUGGUCGUGGAAGCAACUUUGGUUGGUCCCUUCUAACCGUCGAUCCUUGAUCUCUGCCUGUGGAUUGAUGGCUGUGCAACAGCUCUGUGGGUUUAACAUUUUGAUGUAUUAUAGUGGGACGUUGUUUGCCGCUAUCGGCCUCACCAACCCUAUCGCCGCCAGUCUGAUCGUCUCCGGGACAAAUUUCUUCUUCACUAUUGUCGCCUUGUUCUUCGUCGACCUUGGCCGCCGUCGAAUGCUCGUAUGGACUAUAUGGGGGCUUCCAAUUGCCCUCGCCAUGGCUGCCGUGGCAUUCUCACAUAUCCCCUUAAAUUCAGCUCUGGAGCUGGAAGGCGAGGCACCAUCAUGGACCAAGGCCCUAGCUCUUGCCUCUUUGUCUAUCUUCGUUUCUUUUUAUGCGAUUGCUCUAGGGAAUAUCCCCUGGACAGCGAAUGAGCUGCUUGCCCUGGAGGUUCGGGCCAUUGGCACCUCUUUGCUAACAAUGGUGUGCUGGGGCUGCAAUAUAAUCGUUUCCGCGACUUUUCUCUCACUUGUCGGCAGCGUAACUGCUACGGGCGCAUUUGGGCUAUAUGCUGGUCUAUGUUUUGCGGGUUGGCUUCUUGUGAUAUUCACGUAUCCAGAAACUGCUGGUAUGGGGCUAGAGAGUAUCCGAGAGGUCUUCAAGGACGGGUUUGGCAUUCGAUUUGCGAACCAGACACAGCGAACAAGGCGGCACGGGUCCCACAGUCGAAUGUGA